AUGCCCUUUGGCCAGCUGAAGUUCAAGGAGCUGGGUGAGGAGGAGCCCACCUGGGAGGAAGAGAGCCUGGACAGCGUGAAGGCGCUGACGGCCAAGCUGAAGCUGCAGACGCGGAGACCCUCCUACCUGGAGUGGGAAGCCCGGGUGCGGGGGCAGCCCUGGCACAGCCGGACCCCUGGGGAGGCGCGGAGGGCAGAGCAGGGCCCUUGGCACCCUGAGGAUGAGCGGGAUGGUGGCAUCUGUGGCUUUGCCACCAUGGAAUCAGCUCUGGAGUGGCUCAGGACGGAGCUG